AUGAUGCAAGCUAAGAAAAUCAAGCACGACGUCAUCGGAAUAACCGAGACGAGAAGGCACCGCCCGCUGUACGCUGUAUUUGAAACUGGAGAAGAACUGUUCCUUGGAAUAUGCGACAGCAUAGGCGUCGGCGGUGUAGGUGUCCUCGUCUAUACGCACUUGGCCAUGAAUAUCAUCGAUUCGUACGAAAGCUUGACAACCCGAAUAGGGCGUUUGCGAUUGAGAAGAUGUGGCUCAACCCCGGCUCUAACAAUCUUCGUUGUUUACGCACCAGCAUCGAGCUACGAUGAAGAAGAGCUGGAGGCGUUCUAUAUGGAUCUGGAGGAAGCUCUUCAAAGAAGACCAUACCUUCUUCAAGGUCAUCGUCGGUGA